AUGAGCAGCGAGGGAGUGUUGCGGCGGGUGGGCUGUUCGCUGUUCCCGCCGGUGGUGGCGGUGGUGGUGGUGCCCGUGGUGCCGUGGUGGUGUUUUUCGAUCCGCCAGCACGGCCCUGGGAUCAAGCUCGCUGCGGGAGCAACCGGUGUGCAGUAUCAUCGAGAGUGUUGUCGCGUGAAGGGCUUUCGCUCGUCGGCUGUUUCGCAGCAAUUCCUUCGUGCUUUUUGGCUGACGAUCGACGUUAGAAUGAUCAUCACUGCCAAAGACCUGCGUGCGAUCCAGAAUAUGCCUCAGCCUACGACUACGUUUCAGGAGAAGGAGGUGGACCUGAAAAUUGAAUUCGAUGGGACCACGGUACUGUGUCGUGUGUGUGGAGACAAGGCGUCUGGUUUCCACUACGGAGUACAUUCCUGCGAAGGAUGCAAGUCGAGGCGCGGGAGUGGGAGUAGAACGCCGGGGUCUACUCAGCAGCGCCCUGGUUACUUGGUCGUGGUGCGAAGUUGGGCAGUCAGUCUAUCCGAAGUGAUCCUGAGGCGUGUAGUGUAUUGCCCUCUGUGUCGUGAGGUUAUUUGCGAAAAGAAAAAUCCUGCUCGAAGUGUCGAAAGAAAAUACGUUCUGAGUGAAGUUUUCGGAAAACGCUGGAGGAAAAUCUCCUCGUGUGCAGAAACCGUGGAUACUGGAUCAGAAGAAGAACCUUCGCUGUUGUGCGACAGGCUCCGUAAAAUGAUCGUAACUCAAGGGAAGGAGGAUGUUGGGUGGACUGAGUGCGUGUCGACUGAUUCCAAGAGCCCGGAUGGCAUAUUCAACCUUGGUCCGAACUUGGAUUGGUCAUUUCACACGUCCACCGAGAAUAUCCAACUGCCGUUUGUCGACGACCCUGACGAUGAGCAUGAUGACGGGGCGUCGUUCGUCGCUGACGAGUGCAAUUGCCGACGUGACGUCGGAGGAAAUGCCGGCAAAUCUUCGGGUGGUUCGCGCGAAUUCCCCGUGACAGACCGUCGAUUUGACGAGGCCCUCGUGACUAAAAAGCCGUGCGCAGUUUCAUUCAUUGAAAAGGAAAUCCGAGUAGCCGUGGACGCGUCGGAUGUAGAUCAAUCUUGCGACUGCCCUGGCGAUUCGAACCCUAAACCAUCCGAGGAGCAUCAUUCAGUGUGUAGGGAUGCAUCCCUCGAAGAACGAGAGGGCUUCUUCCGGCGGAGCAUCCAGCAGAAAAUUCAAUACCGACCUUGCACCAAGAACCAGCAGUGUUCGAUUUUGAGGAUAAACCGAAAUCGGUGCCAGUACUGUCGCCUCAAGAAAUGCAUAGCUGUCGGCAUGAGUCGAGACGCUGUCCGAUUCGGACGCGUCCCGAAGAGGGAAAAGGCGAAAAUACUCGCUGCUAUGCAAAGCGUCGCUUGGAAGUCGCAGGAAAAGGCGAUAGAUGCAGCAUUGGCUGCGGACGACAGCUCAUUGAUGUCUACUGUCACUGGUGCACACAGGGACACGUGUCCAUUCACUCAGGACCGUCUCCCGACAUUCCUCAUGCGCGCCCACGAACAGGCGCACUUGCAUCCCAACACCAGCGCCCCGAACGGGCAAAUGGCUUGUCCGCUGAACCCGGUUGGCUAUGCGGAGAACCCGUACGCGUGCCUGCAAGAUUUCUCGCAGAGGUUCUCUCCGGCCAUUCGAGGUGUGGUGGAGUUCGCCAAGAGACUCCCCGGGUUCUCCAUGCUGGUACAGGAGGACCAAGUUACUCUGCUGAAGGCGGGUGUGUUCGAAGUACUGCUCCUGCGGCUCGCUGGCUUAUUUGAUUCACAGACGAACACCAUGGUCAGCUUGAAUGGAAUGGUAGUGAAACGAGAGAGCUUCGGUGGCCUCGGGCCCAAUGGGGAAAUGUUUGGAAACGCUCGAUUUCUCAUGGAUUCUAUGUUCGACUUUGCUGAUCGUCUUAACGCGCUGCAGCUGUCCGAUGCUGAGUUGGCUUUAUUUUCUGCAAUCGUCGUCCUUUCCCCUGAUCGCCCGGGUUUGCGAAACCCCGAGCUGGUUGACCGUAUCUGUGGCAAGAUGACGUCUUUGCUGAAACACGUCAUAAGACAAAGACAACACGUGCUCAAGUUUGCCAUGAACGGUAAUGAAGAGAGCAAAGCUGAGUUCAUCUCCGAAGAACAAGCCCAGCAGAUGUACGACGACCUGGUGAAGAAAAUUCCUGACCUUCGCACCCUCAAUGCGUUGCAUUCCGAAAAGCUGCUGGCGUUCAAAAUGACGGAGCAACAACAGCAGAAUGCGCAAGGAGAUGCUGAAGCCGAGGCGAGUUAUCACGGCAUGACUGCAGCUCUCGGCAUGUGCUUAAAUAGCGAAGCACCGGUGCCUUCAUCCACAAUGAAUCACACCGAAUCUCUGCUGUAUGCUCCGCGCAAACUCGAUUCCCCGACCGACUCCGGUAUCGAAUCGGGCUGCGAAGCCGUGAGGAUUGGCGGCAAACUCAGUCCGUCUCGACCCGCGUCUGCUUGCGGCAGUCCACAAUGUGGCGGAGGACUUUCGCCGGAAGACUUGUCUGGCGGCGUGGAAUCGUCUCCCGAAGACAUGCCAGUGCUGAAAAGAGCUUUGCAAGCGCCGCCACUCAUCAACACGAACUUGCUGAUGGACGAAGCAUAUCGACCGCACAAGAAAUUCCGCGCCAUGCGUCGAGAGCAGGAAGGAGACGCCACGUCAUCAACUUCCUCCGGCAGCCCUGGCCCGAGCUCGGAAAAGAUGGAGUUGUUGCGCAAUGCCCUGACUCCGGAACACGAUGAUCAGCACUCCACUUCUGGUCAUCAGCAGCGAUUACAGAGCACGCUGGCACGGUCAUUGAUGGAAGCGCCGAAGAUGACUGCCGAGCAAAUGAAGCAGACUGACAUGCUUACCUCUCUCAUCAUGCGAGGAGACAUUCCGCAGUCAUAUCGUUCAUCGUAUGUCUCUGACCCGUCUACUUCAAAAGCAGAUCUCCACGAAGCAGCUGCUGAUUCCAGCGGCAGCCGUUGCAUCUCUCGAAAAGUACGGCAUCCUUCAUCCGGGUGCAGGCCCGGUGCUGCGACGAGAGGCGGGUCCACUUUGGCAUCCUGCCUUUCUACGCCUGUGCCAAACGGGUCCGCCUCGUCUGGCAACUGGUACCACCCACCGAGUCCAAUUCAGCCACCGAUCCAUGUGCAUCCACGCGUGAUGAGCACCAACAUGAGUUCUCAACCGCAGUCCCCGAGCCCGGACUCGGCGUCCGAUUCCGUCGGAGCUUCGCGGCUUCCGACGUGCUGGAAGGCUGCUGCUGCUCCACUGGAGUUGAGCACCCGUUGUUCACCUCGCGAGGAGGCGCCAUCUAUGCAAUUCAUGGCUCAGGAGGCGCCGGAAGCCCUAGCGCCGCUCAAUCUCUCGAAGAAAUUUGUGGCGAUCCCUCUGGAUUCGGCGCAAUCAUCACCACCGAUGAACUCCAAAUUCGCCAUGUAG